AUGGGUUAUCAUGGACAGUCGGAUUGUUUCCGAAACGGUCGGAAAGUUUCUGGAACCUCGCGAGCUGGCGAAAUGUCGAUUCCGAUCGGAAUCAAACGUGAGAACGACAAGGAUAAAGUGGGGAUACUUAAUUUAAACCCUUGGAGGUUAAGAGUGGUCUCGAGAGAUCGCUUGACUGAAACGGUUUUAGCAGUAAUACGCCGUGAAAGAGAGAGGCAACAUCUCGCAGAGGUAAAUGCGAAUAAAAUAAUGAGAAGAAGGUUACGAGAUAUGCUCGAUCCAUUUGCUCUGCCUGAAAAUCAAUUUGUCAGUUUAUAUCGGUUAACCAGGAAUAUGACAAGAGCACUUAUAGAUACGUUGGAACCAUAUCUUCCUCUGCGAAGAAGUCCUCUAGCAGUUCCAAAUGAGUUGAAGGUACUGUGUGCCCUGAAUUUCUAUGCUCAGGGUAGCUAUCAAAAGGCUGUUGGUGUAGACUGUAGGUUGAGCAUAGCCCAAUCUACAGUUAGUACGUUUUUACAAGAAGUUACGUGUACCAUUAAUAAUCACCUUUUAAGGCAAUGGAUACAUUUUCCAACGACACCACAAGAGAUACAACAAGUUGUCCAAAGAAAUUAUCAUAUCACUAGAAUUCCAGGCUUAAUUGGUUUUGUAGAUGGAACUAACGUUUCUAUAAGAGUACCUGUUAACCAUGAAGGACUGUAUGUUAAUAGAAAAGGAUAUCAUGCACAACAUGUGCAAAUUAUAUGUGAUACGGAUUUGUAUAUUCUAAAUAUAUUAGCAAGAUAUCCAGGGUCUACCCAUGAUUCCUUUGUAUGGAGAAAUUCAUACGUUAGGCAUCUUCUACAGAUGCAACAUGCACAUAAUAAUCAUUGUUGGCUAUUUGGAGAUUCUGAAUAUCCGUUAGAACCGUGGCUGUUAACUCCAUUUCCUGAAGUGCAGCCAGGUACACAAGAGGAACAUUUUAAUCAAAGACACAGUACCGUGAGAAAUGGUGUAGAACGUUGCAUUGGCGUUUUGAAAAAACGGUUUCGAUGUCUCCUUAGAUAUCAUACUCUAGAAUAUGCUCCAGAAAAAGCAGGUCAAAUAAUAAAUGCCUGUGCAGUACUGCACAAUAUGUGCAUACGUGCAAAUAUACCUCUUCCUCCAGAACCUGAAGAGGCAAUUAUGGCUAUGGAACAAGACAUGGAUAAUGGAGAAAUACAGCCAGUACCGGAAGGCCGAGCAAUAUUUAAUGAAGGGCAAAGAAUGCGCAAUCAUCUUGCAACUUGA